GUGAUGAGCCUAGACAUCCAUAAAUCGUCUCUUGUAUGUUGCUGCCCAAUCUAGUCAAUGUUCUUAUCGUGUGGUCAAGAUCGAUGGCUUGUCCUAUCUGCAAAUUGGCCUGGAAAAAAUAACAAUCCGCAUGAACACUGGGAGACAACUAGACAAGUGGGAGUAGCUAGCAUCUCUUGUCACGAAACCACAGCUACGCAAGUCUCGUAUUGAUCCUCUCCUCUUUGACGCAGCAUAAGAUAAGAGCAAGCCCAUAUAUCCCAUCUAUGGAAUCGCCGGGAACAUAUAUAUGGUCAUCGUCUUCCUUGAGACCGGCGAUGUCGCCGCAGCUGAACACACCAAAGGCAUAGGAUUUUACCCUGGUUAGAGCUGAUUGAAACAUCGCUCGCUUGGUCAUCAUCGGCCUCGCCUUUCAAGUUCUGCAAGUUCGGCAUCGCCUUUCUCGUUGCCCAUUCACUCAAGAAGCUAUCUAAAGACCAUGUUAGUCUCGUGACUAUAACUUGGAAUUUUUGGUGCAUUACCCUGAUUCCUUCGACAAGUUUCUCUAUGGCAACCAUAUUGGAUUCUUUGGUUGAAUCUUGUGCUAACAAGUUGCAAGAGAUCAUUACUGAGGAGGCAAUACCAAUUUUAAGUGUGAAGGAAGAACUCAGGGAACUACAGGAAAGAAUCAAACAAAUACAGUGCCUUAUCAGUGAUGCUGAGCAAAGAGGCACAAAUGACUCAAUAGUGCACAAUUGGUUUUCUUCGCUAAAAGAUGCUAUGUAUGAUGCUGAUGAUAUCAUCGAUUUGGCUAGUUUUGAAGGAAGCAAGCUAUUAGGUGACCAUUAUUCAUCAGGGAAAGCAGCUGUAUGCAGUGGACUUUCACUACUCACUUGCUUUUCCAAUAUUCAGGUUCGCCAUGAGAUUGGCAACAAAAUCAGAAACCUAAACAGAAAAAUAGAGAAAAUAACAAAGGAUAAAAUAGUUGCAACACUUGAGGAUAAAGAGCCAUCAGAUAAAGGUUCAACAUCAGAACCAAGAAAAAGUGCACACAUUGUUGAACCCAACCUUGUGGGGAAGGAGAUUGUGCAUUCUUGCAGAAAAUUGGUUAAUCUGGUGCUUAGACACAAGGAAGAGAAGACUUACAAGCUUGCUAUUGUUGGGACAGGGGGGAUUGGAAAGACAACACUAGCUCAGAAAGUAUACAAUGAUAACAAAUUAAAACAAAGCUUCAACAAACAUGCCUGGAUCUAUGUUUCUCGGGACUACUCCCCAGUUUCCCUUUUGAGAGAAUUACUUAGAACCAUGGAAGUUCAUCAUACACAAGAAGAAUCAGUUGAAGAACUCCAAAACAAACUUGAAUCAGCUAUUAAAGACCAGAGUAUUUUCCUUGUCCUAGAUGAUCUAUGGCGGUCUAAUGUAUGGGUAGAUCUACUAAGAGCUCCACUGCAUGCUGCAGCCACUGGAAUAAUUCUAGUUACUACUCGAGAUGAGACUGUCGCAAGAGAAAUUGGGGUUAAUCUAACACAUCGUGUCAACCUGAUGUCACUAGAUGUUGGUUGGGAGCUUCUCUGCAAGAGCAUGAACAUUCAGGAUGUGAAAGAGGUGCAAAAUUUGCAAGAUAUAGGGGUAGAGAUUGUGCAGAAAUUGGGUGGGCUCCCUCUUGCUAUCAAUGUUGUUGCUAGAGUUUUGGCAAGCAAGGAUCAAACUGAGAUUGAAUGGAGAAACAUUUUAACAACAAAUGUUUGGUCCAUGAGUAAUCUUCCUAAAGAAAUAAGUGGUGGCUUGUAUCUAAGUUAUGAUGAUUUACCACAACAUUUGAGGCAAUGUUUUCUUUAUUGUAUUGUAUUUCCUGAAGAUCGGGUCUUGGACCGUGAUAACCUGAUCAGGAUGUGGGUUGCUGAAGGCUUUGUAAAAGUGGACAACGAUAAACUUUUAGAAGAUAUAGCAGAAGAGUACUACCAUGAGCUAAUAAGUAGGAAUAUCCUCCAUCCUGUUUUCGAAUAUUAUGAUCGGAGCAUAUGCAAAAUGCAUGGUCUCUUAAGGCAACUUGCUUGUCAUUUAUCAACACAAGAAUUCUAUAUUGGAGAUCCAGAAUCGUUAGUAGACAAUACUAUAUGCAAACUGCGACGCAUGUUAGUCACCACAGAGAAAGAUACGGUAGUCAUACCUAGCAUGGGUAAGGAGGAAAUUAAAUUGAGAACUUUCAAAAGUAAUGGAAAACCAUGGGGGAUUGAGAACACAUUUUUCAUGAAAUUAAAAUAUCUUCGUGUUCUGGACCUAAGUGACUCACUCGUGCAAUCAGUACCAGAUUAUGUUAAAAAUUUAAUUCAUUUGCGCUCACUUGAUCUUGAUGGAACCCUCAUAUCCUGUCUCCCAGAAUCUAUUGGUGCUCUAAAACAUCUUCAGAUGUUAAAUUUACAGAGAUGUGAAUCUUUGCAUAGUUUGCCUAGAGCGAUCACUCAGUUGUGCAAAUUGAGGCGGCUUGGUCUUGAUGGCACGCCUAUAAAUCAAGUUCCAAAAGGGAUAGGAAGACUAAAAUAUCUCAAUGAUUUACAAGGAUUUCCUAUUGGUGGUGGAAGUGACGAUACUAUAAUGCAAGAUGGAUGGGACCUGCAUGAGCUGGCUCAUCUUUCAAACCUGUGGAAGCUUGACUUGAAAAAAUUGGAAAGAGCAACUCCUUCCAGUAGUGCAGAUUCAUUGUCAUUAAUGGACAAAGGUCACCUCAAAGUUCUAAAGCUAUGGUGCACUGAACUAGAAGAUGAAGCAUAUUCAGAGGAAAGCAUUAGCAAUGUUGAGAUGAUAUUUGAGCAGUUAACUCCUCCAGACAAAUUAGAAGAACUUGUUAUAGUUGCAUUCUUUGGCCGGAAGUUGCCCACUUGGCUUGGUACUUCUGAUUUGUCUUCACUGAAAUAUUUGAACAUCGAAGAAUGCAAAUCAUGUGCAGAUCUUCCAUCAAUGGGGCAUCUACCCAAUUUAGAAUACCUGAAAAUUGCGGGAGCAACAUCAAUUACCAAGAUUGGACCCGAAUUUGUUGGCCAUGGGGUGAGAAAUGUUGGAUCCACAGACGAAAUUGUUUUCCCUAAGCUUGAAUGGUUGAUAAUCAAUAAUAUGCCCAACUGGAAAGAGUGGUCCUUCAUUGAGGAAGAAGAAGAAAUGGCACCUAAGGAAGGAGGAGAGGAUGGAGCUGUAGAGAAGCAAAAGGGGUCAAGGUUGUUUCCUUGUUUGAGGAAGUUGGACCUUCUGUACUGUCCCAAGCUAAGAGCUCUUCCAUGGCAGCUUGGACAGCAGGCCACCAACUUGAAUGAGCUUAUUAUAUAUGGAGCAAGUUGGUUGAAGAAGGUGGAGGACCUCCCAUUCCUUGAUAAGGCCCAAGUUGAGACAUGUGCACGCCUGGAGAGGGUCUCCAACCUUUCCCAAUUGAGAAAGUUGUACAUACGUGAUUGCGUAAAUUUGAGGUGUGUUCAGAAUUUGGGCAAUUUGGAGCACCUUUUGCUGGACGAGGAUAUGCAGGAGCUCUCAUCGCUCUGGGUUCCGGGUCUUCAAGAGCAACGCUGCCAGCUUCAUGGAGAUGAGCUGGAGGUCCAUGAGUGGCUUGGAGAGCCAAUUGAUUAGAUGCAAACAAGGUUGUUUAGCUUGAAGAAUUGGGCAGUGCAGUCACUUUUCUGUUUUCUGUUUUCAACUAGUUACUGGUAUUUGAAAGAUUAAAAAUACAAAAAAAUAAGAAACACGAAAAAUAAAAAAAUCAUCAAAAUGAAAAAA